ACGCCGCACGCGCCGCACGCUGCACGCUCCGCUCGAAGCCCCGCGAAAAAACAACAACACCCCGACCCCGAGUGACCCUAAAGUGCAUGCCGAGCGGUCGGACGAACGAAACGACUUCGCGAACUCACCGCCAUAUUUAUGAACGAUCCUCGUUAACCACUAACACCCGCUUCGCUAUAACUUAAUAAGUGAGCUUAAUUAACUGUUACUCUUAUUAAUUAACGCAAAGGUGAAAACGAAACCAGCGAACUGUGCACUGAAGACAGAGUUGGCGAAUUUUAAAUGUUAACGGGCGGUGGUCGCUGACGGCGGCGCCGGCGCUCAGAAUGUCUGAAGGAGACGUGUCACUUAUUCGCGACGAGGACGUGUUGCGACGUAUGUGGCAGCAGACAGAGGACUUCUCCCGCAAGAAAGAGAUCCGCGCACACAUGUACCGCCUGCGCGAGGAGCGCCUGCGCAACCUUUACUCGCCGGAGCCCGCCGGCGACAAAGGUUGUGAGUUCACGUCGACGCAGGGCCACGUGAAGUCCUUCGCCGACCAGAGCUUCCAGUCCAUGAAGAGCAAGGAGGUGCGCGACGCGGGCUCCCCGCCCAAGGAGUUCACGUACCGCGGCCAAGAUCUGAAGGAGCUCUCCAACGCCGGCUGGAACGUCGAGUCCGAGAACACGACCAGCGACGACGGCCACACGCGCGUGCGCACCGUCGCCGCCGACGUGGCGGGACACUACGACGUGCCGGGCGGCCGCGGGCACUUCGCCGCGCUCGACACGCAGCGCCGCGCCCACACCGAGUACCAGGACGACCAUUCCAGUCUCAAGCGCGACGAGAGCUCCACCAGCACGGCGGCCCGCGAGCACGUCGUGCGCCAGACCGACGACGGAACCCACGUUUCGUCCUCGAAGACCAGCUCCUCCUCCACGUCCAAGUUCCAGCAGGUCUCCUCGACGAAACUCGACCCAGUGCCAUAUUUAACCGACGACGACUGUGACCGACGACAAUUCACGCGCGACACUAACCGUACCGAAGAAACGCAGAGGAGAGAGGUGACUAACGACUACGAACAAAACUUGAGAAGGAGCGAUUUGGAAACCGGGGAACUGGUGUCCAGGAAGGUGGACUACCCCGACGACGACACCAAAGUGAUCGUGGAGACGCGCCGGCUGCCCGACGGCACGCGCGUCACCAGCACGCGCCGCGAGUUCCGCGCGCCCGCGCACGUCAGCCGCGCCGAGCACCGCGAGCACCGCACCACGAGCGAGAACAAGUCAUAUCGAUCCACAUCACAACAAAAAUCUGACGUGAGGGAAUCGACCUCGAAAAUUACCCGUCACAAUGUCGACAAUGAUUUCGUUGACAUCGUGGACUCCCAAAAGACGUCCGACGACUAUGAUUUCAAAAGGGAUCAUCGAACACACUAUACGACGACCGAGAACGACACCUACGACAGUCAGAAGAGAGUGAACAAGCAGCGGCUCGAGUCCGAUCUGAACGAAAUCAGACAUGACGUCAUCACGGACGAGAGGAGCGCGCGGCGACCCGGUCCGCAGGAGUGCGAUCAGCCCAAGAGUACGGCGGAACGAGUUCAUCACACGACCAGAGAUAAUAAGGUCGAGGAAGUGGUCGAGAGAAAAACGAGCACGGAGAGAUACCAGACGACGUACCAAACUGAUUUUUCUCAAAAGAAGAUAAGCAACGACUGGAGCCCGUCGCAGCAGGCCUGGGCCAGCUCGCUGCGCGCCGACACGCCGCCCUCCACGCGGCCCUCCACGCGCGCCUCGUCGCCGGGCGGCCGCACUUUUCAGUCGAGCACGUCGUCCCUGAGGAGCAGCGUCAGCCCCGACAAGACCUCCAGGAAGCCUCCGAGCCGCGGCGGGAGUCCCAGCAAAGUCGACAGACAGUCCCCGACUCGUACCGUGUCCGAUAGAUACUCGAGCUCUCAUUCUACGCAAUCAGUGACCGAGAGCAAGACGCACAGGUACACCAGUCCCGAGGGAAGACCUCCCCACGGAAAAUCUCCCACUAGACCUGGCUCCAGUCCGGAUAGAAAGCCGCAGGACGGAUCUCGACCGAGAUACAGCGUUAGCCCUGAUAAGAAACUUCAAGAUUAUACGUACCGCCCGAGUGCCAGUCCCGACAGGAGCUCUCCGAACAAAACCGGUCCAGCUGACAACCACCCUCGAACGACUUCCCCGUCUAGGCCUGUGGGUCAUUCGAUGAGACCGAGCGUGAGUCCUGAUCGAAAACCAGCACCCAAGGGACAGAGAACUAGCCCGAGCCCCGAUAGGAAGCCUGCGUUUGAUGGCACCCCAGCGGAUAGCUUUCCUAGACAUACUUCUCCCUCGAAGCCUCGAGAUCAUAAUGAUACAUAUUCUACGAGACCUAGUCAGAGCCCUACCAGAAAACCAGGUGAGGGAACCACAAAAAGCCCUACGAAAGAAUAUUCUACUCCGACUGACUCGACCCCAGGAUAUAAGAUUCCUGCAGACCAAUAUUCAAGUCCUACCGCCAAUUUCCCACGUAACACUUCUCCUUCAAAGCUCAAUACGAGACCCAGUUCGAGUCCCGAAAGGAAGCCUGCUUAUCAAAAGGAAGCUACACCUCAGCAACCGAGAGUCAGCCCCGAGAGAAAACCCGGAUAUAUGAGACCGACGGCGACCACCAAGACCAGUCCUACGACUGAUGCACCGAGAAGUGCACCUCAUAAGCCCUCCGCGAGCCCCGAUAGGAAGUCACCCGCUAGACAAUCGAAGAUAACAAAAGCAACAGAAGAUCAUUACACAUUCAUCGAUGAAGAAACUAAAAUGUACACUCGUACUGGUAGGCAAGACGUGAGCGUUACAGAAAAAGACUACCGAACAACUGAGAACACACACCGCGCACACGAGCAAAGUCCAUCUCCGGCACGCCACAGCCCCCCAGGUGACAGCCGCCCCGACACUCCGCGGUCAACACUAAGGAAAACUUCUCGUUCGCCGUCUCCUCCUAAGGGGCCUGUUACUUUUACUCAAGAUCAAGUCGAAAAGGUAACGAAAAAUUCGACAACAGAAAUAGAUCUUACAGACGUUACGAAGUACACUAGUUACACCGAUGAUGUCACAACGCAUCAACAAAAACCUACCGAUAGAGACUACUCAUCCCCUGUGAAAGACAAACCCUCGACGAUAAAGGAUUCGGAAAAAUCGACCAAAGAUGUCCCUAGCAAGGAAGGCUCGCCGUCUAAAUUUGGAACGUACGAAAAAAAACAGCGAAACUCGCAACAUAAUGUGGAUGAAGUUACACAAAUCACCACAGAACAGAGUCGAUACGACUCCUUAACGCGUCGCGAAAAAUCUAGUUCUCCUAGAAAAGUUCCUGACGUCCCAUCCUCGCCCACUAAAAAGACUCCAAGGGAUAGUGUGUCGCCCACCAAGUCUGUCACAAAAGAUUCUAAAUUUAAGCAUACGAAUGAGUUUAUUAAUGUGGAGAGAACAACCGAGGAGAUCAACAAGAAAACGGUUACUAAAGAUCGUCCCAGACAACUCGUCACUCCUUCGACUAGUCCCACACGAAAGCCUAAACCGGUUGAGACUGCACCAUCGACGGGACAAAGCUCACCCACGACCUCUGUCAGUGGAUUUGUGUACUUCAGCUCACCGCGACCGCAACAAACCAUAGUAACAGACUUGGACGAUGAAGACACUUACGUGGUGACCAGUGAAACUGAUGAGGUGACUACUUAUCAAAGGCGACCUGAUACCCUUGAAUUUACUCGAACACCAUCACCUUCUAAAAUUCCAUGCAGAUCACCAUCUCCUGAGAAACGAGGCACACCAACAGACAGUCUGCCAAGAAAGAGCUCUUUAAAGAAACCUGUCAAUUACACAAACCGAGUGUCCCCGACUGAGAAGCCUCCGUCUAGUUUUCAGGUGUCGCCAACGGUUGAAACUCCCGAUCAUCCCGAGCACAAAAUUGUAAAGAAGGAUCAUCCUGACCAGCCAACUGGCGAGCCCGUAGCCAAGCCUAAGCCACCUUUGGAAAGACGAGAGACUUACGAAGAGCGAUGUCGAAAAAUCCUAGGUAUGAUGGAAGACAAUACAAACAAAACUGCAACUAAGAAAACCCUUCUUUUGAAUGAGCCUGAGGCCGACACUGGUUCACCUAAUAUGUCUCCUUACUUAACUCCGAGCCCGAAAGAUGAUACGCCGUUUAAAUACCCCAACCAAAAGGAAACUAAAGUUACAGAAGUUACGCAAACCGACUUCAUUACUAAGGAGCGUGAACAAAUUAUAAGAGACUCUCGUCCAGGUGCACGAAAACCUACAUCAAGGGAUAGUUCACCAACAAAAUUACAAGACAUAUUUUCGGAGAUGAAAUGUGACACAACUGACACCACUUAUGAUGAGUACCAUCUGUCAAGAAAAGACACGCAAAAGACUAGAGAGAAUAAACCUAAAGUAAUAAAGCCUAUCCGAUCGAGUAUGAGUCCCGAAAAAAGGAGUCCUAGAGAUAGCCCCAAGGACGAAUAUCCUUCGAGGCUAAGUCAGAGUCCUGAACGCAAAAUAAGCCACAAAGGAUCACCACAAACACCAAGAACGACUUCCCCGUCUAAACCUAAUUCGAGAUCCAGCAAGAGUCCAGAGCGCAAGCCGUCAGCAGCAACCACAAAGAAACCCAUUGACAAACAAACUAGGGAACCAUCGCCAUCGAAACGACCAGCAAGUCCUGGAAAACAGCCCGGCUAUAUGAAACCAACUUCAGCUACUUUAAUAAGACAUGAGACUUAUGAUGUCGAGGAAAGCACAACUGUAAAGGAGACCAAGUCUGACGUGACAGAUAUUACAAAACAUUCUACCACGACAGAAGAUGUAAUAAAACAUCAACGUAAAUCUACAAGUCCAGACCGUAGAUCUCCAGCGAAAGACGUCCGUUCGCCUACUAAAGAGCCACUAUCUAAUGAAGGUGUGACUCCUACUUAUACAAAAUCUUCUCAUUUGAUCAAACAGGAGACUUACGAUGUUGUUGAAACUGAAGAAGAGAAGGAUUCUAAUGUAACGACAGUUCAUUCAAGAAAAUCAAUGUCUCCAACGCGUAAACCCAAGGAACCAUCUGGCAUUAUACCUAAGUCUACCCAUUUGAUCAAGCAGGAAACUUACGAUAUAGAAAAAAGCGAAGAUACAAAAGAUUCAAAGGUCAUUCGAGGCUAUCCUGGAAAAUCAACGUCUCCAACUCGUAAGCCAAAGGAACCAUCUGGAACGAUACCUACAUCGACCUAUUUGAUCAAACAAGACACUUACAACGUUGAAGAAAGCGAUGAAACUCAUUAUACCAAGGUCACCCAGGGCUACCCAGGGAAAACACAUUCUCCAACACGUAAGCCACAAGACACAUCAGAAAUCAUACCUAGGUCGUCUCAUUUAAUCAAACAAGAGACAUACGAUGUAGAGGAAAGAGAUUCUAAAACUACGCAAGUCCAUCGAGAAAAAUCCAAAUCACCAACACGGCAUGCGAAAGUUCCAUCGAGCGUGGCUCCGGAGAGGCAGCCUCAGGAACCUACACAUUCUCGAACCCCUUCGCCUGAAAAGAAAACCUCUAAAAUUACAAUAGAUACUGAAGAUUUUGUUAUUUCAGAAAGGGAACAAGAAGUUCUGGCCAAAGUACAAAAGUCCUUACGAAAACUUUCACCGAAUAGAUCUGAAAAAUCUCCAACACGUGGCCAAAGUCCUCCUAAGUCUACGACUAGUUUAAAGGAUAUUGAUAUCAUCACUGAAGAGUGUGUUGAUAAUGUCCAAAUUACUACUCACCAUGAAGAUACCAUGGAUGUACAAACUACAUUCAAGGAUGAUGACGCUCAUGCUAAGAAAACUAAGACUGAUAAAUCAAAAGAACCGACCAGUCAAAAGACGCCAAGUAAACCAUCGUCUCGAAAUGUCUCACCAGUCAAAAAACCUACAACAGCUUCCAGUCCAACUAAAGGAGACAAAGCACCAGAAUCACCAGGUAAAUCAAGAAGUAUCUCCCCUAAGAAAGCGCCAAGCUCCAUUGAGCGCCCGCAAUCGCCACAAGUUCCAAAAGCUAGCGGAAUUAAACCAAGAGAACCCGUUCAUUCUCCCGGCAGUCGUAAGCCGACGACCAACAUCACAUCGCCCACUAAAGCUGAUAAAACAAUUGUUACAACAGAAACAAAGAAAACUUCUGGAACAACGUCGCAAUCUAGUUUCACAAAAUCGUCAACAAUAAAAACAACCAGCAAAAUUCAAACGCCUACCAAGUAUAAUGAGCCUGAACCAAAACGAGCUCCUACACCUAAAAAUUCAUCGAUCAUUAAGAAAGAUACAGAUGCAAAAGUAACGCGAACUACGAGUGACUUAUCCUUGAAGACUAAGAAGCCUUCGCCACAGAGAAUGAAGUCAAAACCUGAAAUACAAGUGAACGAUACACCGUCCACAAAAACUUCAAAACACUCUCCUACAAGCAGACUUCAGAAACCAACCAUAUCGGUCUCGCAGAGUAAGUUGCCAAGUAAACCAAAAUCAGCUACGGCAUUAAAUACGUCCACGGACGAUGAUGAUGUCAUUAUUGAUGUACAACAAGCUAAAUCAUCCAGAGAAAAUUCUCCCGAUAGAAUAUGCCCAACUCCAAUAAAUUUUGGAGAAGAGGACAUCGGUACACCUAGGUUCCCUGACGAAGUAAAUGAGCCAGACGAUGAUUUUCGCCAACGCACUCAUCACACCAUCCACGAGGCGGAAUCUCUUGUUGACGAUAUUGUUGAAAUAUGCGAGGAUGACGAGUUAUUUGUCAAAGUAUCAGACAGUCGCAUCACUGAAUCUGAUGAAUGUCUAUUGAGCGUCAAUGAUAAAGUUACCAAGUUUACUAACAAAAUUGAGACGGUAAAUAAAGAUAAAAAGGAUGCUACGAAAUAUUUCAAAGAAACUGAAAUAAAAGUUCAUUCAGAUUACAUUGACGAAAACUUAAAGUCCGACGAGUGUCUGUUGUCUGUGUCUGAGAAAGUAAAUAAGUUUGCUAAGGGUCCGAGAGAUACUAAAGAUAGCAGAAGCCCAUCACGUAAGAUUGUUGAUGAAUAUGAUAGAAAUACGAUUUAUCAGGAUGAUUACACAAAACUAAGUGUAAAUGAUAAGGCUCAUUUGUUUGUUGAAACGGCAGAAAAUACAAAAGUUUCGAAAACAAAGCCAGCACAAAAAGUGGAGCGCCCCAGUUUGAAUGAUGUUGACGAAUCAUUAAAGAGCGAUGAUUGUUUACUAAGCGUUUCUGACAAAGUUAAUAAAUUCGUGAAAACAGCUGAGCAGUUCCUCACCCAGUCCCAAGAGGUAGAGGAAAAGGAAAAGAAGAUUAAAGAACAACAUGAUCUUAUUAUGAGAAAAAUAGUUGGAAAUAUAGAUGACGAUACUGAGGAGACAGAACACAGCAUAACUACCCCCGAAGAAACCGUUGUAACUGGCGGUAACGACAAUAACAAAGAUACCGAAAGAAACGUUAAGACUCGUGACAGCGGUGACCACAAACUGGGCUCCUUCGCAAAGGAAACCACCUCAUCCCACGCCAAGGUCAAAGAUCACUCCGGUCCAAACUUGAGGCCCACCGAAAAAACGCCCACAAUAAAAAUAACGACUUUGCGGAGCAGCGAAGCCGUCAAAAAGGCUAAAGCUCUGUUCGAGAACAUCGCAACCACUCAAAAGACGAAAGACACCACAUCGAAGACAACAAAGCUAACGGACAUCGGCGUGAUCAAGAAGUCCCCGAAAACAGAUUCCACGAUCGUUCUUCAUCCGUCCAUCGAAGACGGCUUCGAUGCGUUGGACGCGGACAGCGAAGCGGACGCCGCGCCCGACGCGCCAGAAGUCGAAGACCGUCCCGUCGGGAAGACUCCCGCUCGCGCGCCGCACCACGGCCGCGUGCUCGACGACAAGCCGCGAGGCAGCCCGACCCGUCUCACGACGCAGUCGCCGGAAGUCCCGCGGACUCGCUCGCCGAUGCGGCAAAGCGCCGAAACCACCGCGGCCGGCAAAACGGCGACCGCUCGCCAUCCCGCACAGAGAGCCGAAUCGCCCAACUUGCGGCCGGACGCCGAAAAGACGCCCCAGGAUAAGGUGCCUGGAUACCAGCGUCCGACGAAAACUAGCCAGAUUAAGGAAGAAACGAAAAUCGUGGAGGAGACGGAAGCGAGCAGCCGGCGGGGAAGCGGCAAGUUCGGCGUCGAGCUGCGCCGCGCCAGCGCCGAGCGCGCGCCCGAGCGCCGCCGCAGCCUCGACCACCACCAGCCCUGCAUCGAAGAUAUCUACGAUCUGGACCUCCUGGAACAAAUGUUGGAAAAGGUCGCGGGCUACGAGCAGAGGCGACGCAUCCGAGCUCAGAUAAGAGUGGCCAGGAAGACGGCGGAGACCGAGCGGACGCAUGACGAUUCUAAUCACUUGAGGGUGACGAAACAGAGCACGCUGCGAGUGUCACAUUCCAGAUCUCCCGAUCGACGCAGCUACGGCAGGUCGCCUGACCGUCAGUCGAAAUCGACUCCCCAAAGAACUACCUCACCGGAGCGCCACCCGAAGGCCACGCCACAAAAAGCUCCUUCACCAGAUCGUCUGGCAAAAACGGCGCCGCAGAAGCCUGAACGAAGCCAGCCCAGGGACACCUCGGUGCUGUUGAACGGUCACGCAAAGGAACCCGCGAAAGCGGUCGGCGACUUGACCCGGCAGCGAACCCGCAGCCCAGAAAAACCGAUUCCAAAGGUAGCCACUAAAACGAGAAGCCCUGUCAGGCAGCCCAGCCCAGAAAAGAAGACUAGAACCACGUCUCCUAGCAAAGCGGCUCCUGCCAAGCCCAAAUCGAAUCGAUUCAAUGAGUACGCGACGGCCUACAUGAAGAAGGCAGGAAUGAACGAAAGCGAUAAACUUAAGUUCGCCGAGGCUAAAACUAAGAAAGCCGAUACUGCUGCUCGGAAGACCGUGAAACAGGCUGAAGAAAUCAAGGUGACGGAGACCAAACAUGUGACUUCGUCGACGUUGAGGAGCCACACGGAGCGGACGUCAUCAAAAGAUGAAAUUGAAAUCGUGCAUAUGAACGGGAAAAGAUCUCCAUCGCCUGAGAAAAAACGAAGUCCCGAGCGUCAGGAGAUCCAGAAUGAUAGACUGCGCGAAAAGUCUCCUAGUCCAGUCAUAAAACGGCAGAAGUCGGACACAAGCAAGAAGGAAACGAUUAUCAAGACCGUUUAUGAGAUCGACAAGAAAGUGCCGACGAAGACGGUGCAAGAAGAUAAACCGUCCUGGGUGACGAACAGGAAUUUGAAAAAGAUCACUUCCGAAACGAGGACAUUCAGCAGCAGGAAGAUCGAAGCUGAGAAACCUAAGUACCGCGCGACGAGUCCUUCGAAAGUGAUAUCGAAGCCCAUCGACGUCAUCACGUCGAGCUACGGGCCGGGGCCGCUGGACUCCGACGGGAAGCCUCUCUUCGGCAUCAAGGCUCUCCGCAACGGCGCCUCGAACGUCCGAGUCAAAGGCACGGUGAUCCGGCAAGAGUUCCACUCGCGCAACGGUAGCUCACCUGAAGGCUCCGUGUCCGUCACCGCCUACUCCAGCUCGCCCGACGCGCUCGAGCGCCUGCUGCGGGCGCAGGGCGAGCGGCCGUCGCGCCUGCACGGGCUCGCCGCCAUCACCACCACCAAGCGCUUCGGCGGCGACACCGGCGCCUCCUACCAGGACGUGCACACGCGGCUGCUGCCAGCCUCACCACCACCGAGCGCUUCGGCGGCGACACCGGCGCCUCCUACCAGGACGUGCACACGGCAAGUAUCGGUCACGGCGCACUCUAGCUCGCCUGAGGCGCCGGAGCGGCUGCUGCCAGCCUCACCACCACCGAGCGCUUCGGCGGCGACACCGGCGCCUCCUACCAGGACGUGCACACGGCAAGUAUCGGUCACGGCGCACUCUAGCUCGCCUGAGGCGCCGGAGCGGCUGCUGCCAGCCUCACCACCACCGAGCGCUUCGGCGGCGACACCGGCGCCUCCUACCAGGACGUGCACACGGCAAGUAUCAGUCACGGCGCACUCUAGCUCGCCUGAGGCGCCGGAGCGGCUGCUGCCAGCCUCACCACCACCGAGCGCUUCGGCGGCGACACCGGCGCCUCCUACCAGGACGUGCACACGCCUCACCACCACCGAGCGCUUCGGCGGCGACACCGGCGCCUCCUACCAGGACGUGCACACGAAGGAGGAGCGCGCCGCACUCGACCAGUUCACGCACAGCGACCGCCGCGUCAUCGACACCCGCAUCGAGGACAUCUCUGACGUCACCAGCGCCGCGCACGACAGGCUCGGCUCGGAGGACAGGAUGAUCGAGGACCGACAGGACAGAGCGACCGACAAACGGGUCACCGAGGAAAAACAGGAUAGGUUGACCUCGAACAAAUACACGGAGGGGCGACAGAAUAGGACGACGUCAAAAACAGAAGGCAGGCAGGAGAGAAUCGCUUCUGAUAGACACCAAACGGAGGGUAGAAAGGAGAGAAUCACUGUUGAGAGGCAGGCUCCUGAAGGCAGAGAGGAGAGGAUAACGGAGGUCAGACAGGAGAGGGUGGAGAGUAAGGAGGAGAGGCCGCGCGCUCACAGGACCGAGGACCGGCACGAGAGGACGGAGAGGGUACAGCGGAGAGAGGACAAGAAGACCGUCAGGCAGAGCUCGGUCAAGUCGCUCACGGAGAAAUACAUCAAAAGUGCGAGUGAGCCUCGGAGCGAGCGCAGCGCGUACCCGAAGGCGGGGCUGAUCCUGCGCACGGCCGGCAUGAAGGACUCCGUGUCCAGCGACUCCUCCACGCACGCCGGUCUCGCGCGCACCGACAGCGAGCAUAGCCUGGGCUCUGUAGAAGACAGCACCGUAGUGUCGUCGACCACGGACCGCGACGGGCGCGUCACCACCACCACCACGACGCGGCGCGUGGUGCCCUCGCACCACAGCACCACCUCGCACCGCAGCGUCUCGCACCACGUCACCACGCACCAGGCCGGCCAGGAGCGCUCCUUCCUCGACAGCUCCACGAAGGUCACCGGCGUGCAAGACAUACUGACGCGGAUGAAGAAUGCUGACAUCGUGAUCCAGGAGGGCGACUCGUCGGAGGACAGCGAGGCGCGCGCGCUGCUCAACAAGUUCCUGGGCGCCACCGUGCUCAUGAGCGGCAUGCAGGCCUACGUCACCGAGCGCCCCGGCGGGAAGGUCUCCGUCAAGCAGGAGACAGUCCGCAGCAGCGGCGGCAAGGUCAGCAGCACCCGCAGCGUCGAGGAGUUCGAUCUCGAGCAGUGCUGGGACGAGCGCGUCUUGAGGAAACUCUUGGACGAGUGCACCGACUACGAGCAGCGUCGUCGAAUACGCGCGCGCAUCCGCAACCUCAUGGCUGAACAAGAAGCGUGCGCGAGCGCCGUGACGGAGGCGCUGGCGGCGGCCGGCGAGCCCGCGGACGGCGACGCGCGCGAGGAAGAAGAAGUAACCACUGUGACAUCGAGCGUGAGGAGGGACUCGUCUGAAAAAACUGUUAGCAGUAGUACCACUACUAAGUCUUCGAAAGUGAUCGAGAGCAUGAGCCGGCCGGCACCGAAGCCCGUGUCGCCGUUCGCCAAGUUCCGUCAGCUUGAGAAGCAAAAUUCCACCAACAGUCCCAACUCGCCCAAGACUCCGCAGAGCCCGGGCUCUCCGUCGCAGCCGUACUUCAAGUUCACGGACCCCGCGCUGCAAGCCAGCGCCCUCACUAUUAAAGAACGGUUGCUGCAGUGGUGUCGCGACAAGACCCGGGACUACGAGAAUGUGAAGCUGGAGAACUUCUCGACGAGCUGGGCGGACGGGCUGGCGUUCUGCGCGCUGCUGCACCACUUCCUGCCCGACGCCUUCGACUACGCCGCGCUCACGCCCGACAAGCGCCGCCACAACUUCACGCUCGCCUUCAAAAUUGCUGAUGAGAAGGCGGGCAUCUACCCGCUGCUGGAUGUGGACGACAUGGUGGCCAUGCGCAAACCGGACUGGAAGUGCGUGUUCACGUACGUGCAGGCCAUCCACCGCCGCUUCAAGGACCACAACUGAAGCACCGUCCGACCACGCCGCGCUUCAACCCUCGAUACCAGCUGAUCGUUGUCUGGAAGUUUAACACGUUCACUGUUCAAUCCUAAAGUGAACGGGCUAAACUCGAAACUGUUACUUUUGUUAACCUCUGGUAAUCUGAUAAGGCUAUUUCUACCGAUUGGUUUCACUAGUCAAAACUGUAGCUGAAGUUUACGUUAUUUCUAUAAGAAGAACUAAACCUGUGAAAAGUAACAGUUUCAGUAUAUUAUUAUUAUCACCAUAUUCUGCUUCUGGUUGCUUUGUUUUAAGGACGAUUGCAGUCCAUAUGCCAAAUUGUUUGAUCAUUUAGAAUAGUCGGCGUCAGAAGCCGAAUAUGGCGGCUGGUGUAUUUCCGAAGUGCGGCAUCGUCCCGCCAGCGCGGGCUGGAUCGCAGUAGUUGAACGCUAAAGUCACAAAGUGUAUCGUUAUCGGGAGUGCGUCGCGGCGUCCAAAGAGCGUAUGUUGUUGAUAUUGUUUGUUUGUUAUUUGUCAGAUGUUUAUCGUCGCGUCCGCCCGACUCGUCGUUUCUCCAAGCGCAGUCUCGUAUAAGUCCUCCUAUUUAUUGUAUAAUCUCAAGAUGUAUGUGAUUUCUUUUAUAUUAGCUCGUAAGUUGACUAACCGUACCGAUCGACUCAGGUCAUAGUCUGUAGAUUUUAUACGCGUACUUUCGCUAUUCAUUUCUUCGGGAUCGCUUUUUCUUAUAAUUCAUAAGGAAGUCGUAUCCGCACUCAGAGUACGCAAAGUACCGACGUUUAUUACGAAUCAUUAACAAUUUUCAUAUCCGCUACUGGACUACUAUUACAUUUGACAAUAAUAACAGCUUGAAAUAAUCGCCUACUGACUUUUAUGAAAUUGAUAUUAUUAUUACGUUAAUUUAUAUCGAUAAUGAAAUAAAUAUGAUUAACAAUGGA